AGCAUCGCCGAGUACGACCUGAAGGACAUUUCGUACACGGUGAAGAGCCCCACGUGCCACGAGCUGCUGGUCCUCGGCUCCCUGGAUGAACCCAUGGUGUUCAGCUUCGAGGAGGAGCGCGAGGCGCAGAAGUGGUGGACGAUCGUCAGCAGUUCCCUGCGGGAGGCACAGAAAGCCAGAGCCCACCGGCUGCCCGUAGCUCGGCUGCGGCCUCACGGCUCCCGUUCCCCCUCUGCAGAGGACCUGGCCCUGCAGCUGGCCCUGGCCAUCCAGCACGGCGACGAGGAGGCGGCCGCGCGAUGCGCCGUGGCCCUGGCCCAGCAGCAAGCCACGCUGAACAUCUUGCUGAAGGAGUCCAAUUAUCCCGAGGAUGAAAUCUGCAUGAACGUCGGCGUGGAGGACGCGACCUCGUCGGCCAGCAUCACGCUCCUGGUGCAGCCCCACACCACCAUCGCGGCACUGAAGCAGCAGAAAUGGCCCCUGCCAUCACCAUGCGAUGUCCCACCAGCCCGGCCGGCAGCGGCGUCGGUUCUUUCUGUCAGUUCAUGGCAGGGAAAUUUUUUUGGAGAAAGGAAGGUGUAAGAAUUUAUGUUUGAUAACGUAGAAUGAGAAGUGCAAAACGUUUUUCGUUGUGUAAAAGCAUAGAAUUGUAGAACGGUCUGGGUUGGAAAGGUCCUCAAAGAUUAUAAAAUCACGGAA